GGCCCUACCACGGAGCUGCUGCUGACUUCUGAUAAUGUAGAGGUGGUCUGAACAUAAAGAGGGGAAAAUUCAUUCAAAUUUUGAUAGGCUCCAGCACUUCUCAAAGAUGAAAACCGAUGCAGGACCAACAAAUAAAGUCUUUGGAGAGAAAAAAGAUGUUUUGAGAAUGAAGGGCUACAGCACCCAGCCCAAGAAGUCCACUGUUGUGAUACUCCAUGAAAUUCAGUCCAGGAUGGAGUACUGACCAAUCUCUAUCAUAACUAAAGCACAUGUGUGAACUUUCCCUCAAUUGACAGUUGGACUAGAUCUUGUAGAUCCUUUUCAACCUUGUGAUUCUAUGAUUCUAUGUCACAGAAGUGUAGCAUCCAACUGUGAUGUCAGCGGGACAAAUGAAUAGUGUGAUAUCACAGCCUGGUUGCCCCUAGCAGAGGGAUGUGGCUGUGGAAGCAUCACUGUCCUGAAUAUUGUGAAGAGCAUUGGUCCAAGAGUGGGAUGAAAAUGCUUCUCUUUACUUUCUGGGUGUUAACUUCUCUAAUCAGCAGCAUCCAUGCAGAUAGUCUUUCCAGAGCUUAUGUGUUCUUCAGAAGUCACCAGCCAGUCAAAAUGGCUGGGAUCCAGUCUGCAUACUCACACAACGAGUGUGGCCUCCGACCAUCUUUUGAGUCCUUUCUGUGGACUGGCAAGAGGAUCACAGGUGGGAGAUAUGCCAAAGCUGGAGAGUUCCCAUGGCAAGUGAGCAUCCAGAGCAAUGGGAAACAUAUCUGUGGAGGCAGCAUAAUCAGUGCGUUGUGGAUCCUGACUGCGGCCCAUUGCUUUGCAGAUGAAGUGCCACCAGAUAUUAAGAUUGUAAUGGGAGCAAUUGACCUUGACCUCCCACUGGAAGUACGUGAGCCAAGCAAGUUGAUCCUCCAUGAAGACUUUGACAGAAUAACCUUGAAGCAUGAUAUUGCUCUGAUCAUGCUCAACUAUCCCAUUGAAUUCAGCAAUGAGAAAAUCCCCAUCUGCUUUCCCUACAUGGAUGACAUCAGUUCAUGGCAACACUGCUGGGUUGCUGGAUGGGGAAUGACAGGUUCAGUGUCAGCAUCCCAUCUGCUGCAGAAAGCGAAGAUGAAGCUCAUCAGCCGGGAGGAGUGCUUGGACCAGAUACCAAAGCUACCAAAGGAUAUGUUAUGCAUUGAGCUGGAGCAAGGAUCCUGCCAGGUGGACAGUGGGGGACCCUUGGUUUGCAGCUACUGGAACACCAUGAAGUGGUUUCAGGUUGGCGUCAUCAGCUGGGGAGACAAUUGUGCAGCAAAGCCAUAUUAUCAGUUCUACACUUCUGUCUACAACUACUAUGAGUGGAUCAAGACUGAGACAGCCACGAUGGGGAAACCUUUCUUAAUCGAAGGCAUGGCUAAACAUGUUGUGAGUACCACAGAGGUUCAUUCUGAGGCCAAGGCUCAGCUGGUGUUUCCUGAGUCUGCUGUCCUUUUAUUUGCUUCUCUAGUGGCAAUUGGAUUACUCUAGAGCAAUUUUUUCAAAACAUAAUAAAAGUCAGAAUGACCGUCUUCUGCUUUUGCUUC